AUGGCCUGCGUUGGAUUCUAUCAGAUGUUGAAGGGGCGCACUCCUGAAACGUUGUGUAUCCCUGUUUCACACAAUAAUAUACAUGUUGAACUGCAUCCAUGUAACAGUUUGGCUUUAUUCCACAUUGAAGAUACAAAGGGGGUGUCGACCCUCUCAUCGCUUUUGAAGGAAAAAGGUGAGGCUUUCAGAGUGUGCCUGUUCAUACUCUGUGUUAUGCCUGAGAGUACUCUUACUACCUGUUUUAUACCUGAGAGUACUCUUACUAGCCGUGUUGUGCCUGAGAGUACUCUUACUACCUGUUUUAUACCUGAGAGUACUCUUACUAGCCGUGUUGUGCCUGAGAGUACUCUUACUACCUGUUUUAUGCCUGAGAGUACUCUUACUACCUGUUUUAUACCUGAGAGUACUCUUCCUAGCUGUGUUGUGCCUGAGAGUACUCUUACUACCUGUUUUAUACCUGAGAGUACUCUUACUAGCUGUGUUGUGCCUGAGAGUACUCUUACUACCUGUGUUGUGCCUGAGAGCACUCUUACUACCUGUGUUGUGCCUGAGAGCACUCUUACUACCUGUGUUGUGCCUGAGAGCACUCUUACUACCUGUGUUGUGCCUGAGAGUACUCUUACUACCUGUGUUGUGCCUGAGAGUACUCUUACUACCUGUGUUGUGCCUGAGAGUACUCUUACUACCAGUGUUGUGCCUGAGAGUACUCUUACUACCUGUGUUGUGCAGGGCUGGGAGAGUGCAUGA